AUGAGAAUUAUUAUCAUUAUUAUAAACACCCAUAUUCAAUACAUUGUUUAUUAUAUUCAAAUUUAUAUCAUUAUUCACAAUAUGAUAUUACACAUUUUCUACUUUAUUAUCUCCACUUUUAUAUCAUCAAUGUUCUUUAUCAAUUUCUCUAUCAAAUUUAUCAUCUCUUUUAUCUAUUCUUUUAUUCUUUCACUUUCAUUUUGUUUUAUAUUUUUAUAUUAUCUUAUUUGUUUCUUCUUCAAGUCAUUUGAUAUUAUAAUUCGAAUAUUCAUAAAUAUUUAUUCUUUCGUCAUUACUGUAUCUUAG